AUGAGGCUCGCCACCACCCUCAGCCUCGCCACUCUGGCGUUGCAGGGCAGCUACGCCCUGCUCGGACGACCCAAUCACCUCUUCCACACCGAGCACAGGGACCUGCUUCAGGAUGUCGUCACCUUUGACAACUACUCGCUUCUCAUCAACGGCGAGCGCCAGUUGAUCUACUCGGGGGAAUUCCAUCCAUUCCGACUACCCGUCCCCUCCCUCUGGCCCGACGUUCUGACGAAAAUCAAAGCGUUGGGGCUCAACACCAUCUCAAUCUACGUGCACUGGGGCGCUCUCGAGGGCAAGGCUGGCGACUUCAAUGCCCAAGGACCUCUCGUCCUCGAGCCUUUGUUUAAGGCUGCCCAGGCUGCUGGUCUGUAUAUCAUCGCCAGGCCUGGUCCGUACGUGAACGCAGAGGCUACCGGCGGCGGCUUCCCAGGCUGGCUUCAGCGCAUACAAGGAAAGUUGAGGACCAACGCUACCGAUUACCUCUCUGCCACAGACAACUACAUGGCUGAAGUUGGAGCUCUCAUCGCCAAGUACCAGAUCACCAACGGCGGUUCCCUCAUACUCGUACAGGCCGAAAACGAGUACACAGGGGCCCAGAGCGGCUCAGGCGUCGUCUUCCCAAAUGGCGAAUAUAUGCAGUACAUUGAGGAUCAGCUUCGUAAUGCCGGUGUUGUGGUCCCAUUGAUCAGCAACGACGCCAGACCAGCCGGGCACAACGCUCCCGGCACCGGCGUCGGGGAGGUCGACAUCUACGGCCACGACUCCUACCCUCUGGGCUUUGACUGUGCCAAUCCUUCUUCGUGGCCGGCAGGUGCCAUUCCGACAACUUUUCGUCAGACACAUCUGGAGCAAAGCCCCAGUACUCCGUACACGAUCCCAGAGUUCCAGGGAGGGUCCUUCGAUCCCCCGGGCGGUGUUGGCUUCGAGAAAUGCGCCGCCCUCGUUAACAUGGAGUUCGAGCGAGUUUUCUACAAGAACAACUAUGCGGCUGGCGUCACUAUCUACAGUCUUUACAUGAUUUACGGGGGAACCAACUGGGGCAACAUCGGCCACCCUGGCGGUUAUACAAGUUAUGACUACGGCUCUGUCAUCCGUGAGGACCGCGCGGUGGACAGGGAGAAGUACUCUGAGUUGAAGCUCCAAGCACAGUUUCUCAAGGUCUCCCCAGGGUACCUCGUGACUUCUGCAGCCAAUUCGUCGUCAACCGGCGUCUACAACACGAAUUCGGACAUCAUCACCACCCCACUCUUCGGAUCUAAUGGAUCAUUCUUCAUCGUUCGGCACUCAGACUACACAUCUCAAGCCUCGUCUAACUAUACGCUGUCACUGCCUACUUCGGCAGGGACCGUCUCCGUUCCCCAGCUUGGUGGUUCUUUGAGUCUCAAUGGCCGGGACUCCAAGGUCCACGUCACUGACUAUCCUGUUGGAGACUCGAAGCUACUCUACUCCACAGCUGAAAUCUUCACUUGGCAAGUCUUCGACAACAAGACGGUGCUCAUCGUCUAUGGUGGCCCGAAUGAGCUUCACGAGCUGGCCAUUGCGGGUGCAACUGGCGGGACAGUGGUUAAAGGCGAUGGUGUGACGAUCCAGCAGACCAAUAACUCUGUCGUCGCUCAGUGGCAAACCUCCUCUGACAGGAGAAUUGUGCAAGUUGGGGAUCUCUUUGUCUACAUCCUGGACCGCAACAGUGCCUAUAACUACUGGGUCGCCGAUGUGACAGAUGGUGCUGUGAUUGUCAACGGGCCAUACUUGUUGCGUUCAGCGUCGGUGGAAGGUGACAAGUUGAUAUUGGCUGCUGAUUUCAAUAAGACGGCAAGCAUCGAGAUCAUUGGAGUGCCUUCAGGAGUCACUUCAUUGCAGGUCAACCAAGUCACCCUGGAGCACGCUGCCGACUCCUUGGGCUCAUGGACCGCCAGCCAGGACUACUCGCCUCCCGAGUUUAACAUCCCCGACCUCCCUAGUGCAUCAUGGUACUACAUCGAUUCGCUUCCCGAGAUUCAGUCUAGCUACGACGACUCAGCGUGGCCGAAUGCAGACCACACCAACACCACUAAUCCUGUGGGAUCUCCUCUCCUCACGCCCGUCUCUCUCUACGGAUCGGACUAUGGCUUCAAUACAGGGUCUCUACUCUUCAGAGGCCACUUCACUGCCACUGGAAACGAGUCCAAGAUUGAGCUUCGUACACAAGGCGGAGAGGCCUUCGGCGCGUCGGUCUGGCUCAACAGCACUUUCAUCGGCUCAUGGGAGGGGAAUUCCGUCUAUGAAAGCUACAACUCGACCUUCACCCUGCCUAAUCUGGUAGCAGGAAACUCAUACGUCUUCACUGUCCUGAUUGAUUCGACCGGGCUCGAUGAAAACUACAAUGUGGGAGGUGAUGUACAGAAGAACCCUCGCGGUAUUCUUGACUACACCUUUGCAUCAGACAUUACGUGGAAAAUCACGGGCAACCUCGGCGGCGAGGACUAUGCCGACCGCGUUCGUGGUCCCCUCAACGAGGGUGGCCUUUUUGUCGAGCGUCAGGGUUACCACCAGGCUGCUCCGCCAGUGGAAGUUUUCACGACGGGAACGUCGCCUUACGACGGCAUCACAUCUGCGGGAGUGGCUUACUACACGACGAAUUUCACGCUCUCACUCCCCUCUGACCAAUGGGAUGUCCCACUGUCCCUGGUGUUCGCCAAUGACACGUCCGCAGCGGCAGCCGCGCCAUACAGGGCGCUGAUCUAUGUGAAUGGGUACCAGCUCGGUCGAUACACAAGCAACGUAGGACCCCAGACUCAGUUCCCCGUACCCGAGGGUGUUCUGAACUACCAAGGGGGGAACUGGCUUGGCCUGACGCUGUGGGCGCUGGGGAGUGACGGUGCUAAAGUACCUGGGCUCAACUGGACGCACAGCUCAACGCCUGCGCUGACAGGCUGGGCCACGCCAUCGCUUGUCGAGCAGCCUGCGUGGGAGCUGAGGCCGGGAGCUUACUGA